ACAAACAGCUAAACAAAGUGUGUGCGCUUACUGAGCAUACCACAGCAGGUAUAUAUUACCAAUACGGAAGUGCGAAUCUUAGUACACGAUGUGGUAUACGCGAAUUCAUUAUCUGUACAUUGUGUGCGUAUUUCCAAGUUUAUGAGGACCUUUACGAGGUACAGGCUACACCCUGAGUGUACCGCAGCACUCCUAACUAAUAACUUAAUAGACUCACGAAAGUUGUGACGAAUUUUGAAUUAAAGCUGAAAUUUCAAUGUUAUUUAUUGAUACUGAAAGAUUUUGCAUUUUGGUGUGGUCUUGUGUUGUGGGGGCGGAAAGCCGGAGUACCCGGAGGAAACCCCACCUGUCCGGUAUGGUGACCACCAACCAAAAUCACAUGCUUAUGGGAACAGGAAUUGAACCCGAGUCGCCUAGGUGAGAAGCGAGUUUACCAACCACUGCUCUAGCCGGACAGCCUUAUUUGUCUGUAUGUGUGAUCGAAUAUUUAAAUAAGAUCGUUUACCGACACGGAUAACGUGACAACUAAACGUAGAGACUAGAGGGUAGAAGCAGGAAAUGGAAUUCGUACAUGCCUUUCUGGGCUAGACGUAAAGGAUCACAGACAGACAAAUGGAUGGAAAAACAGACAGACACGGGGAGUGACGGAAAUAAGGACACACAGAUGGACAAAUGGAUGGAAAAACAGACUGACACGCGGAGUGAUGGAAAUAAGGACACACAGAUGGAAAAACGCACUGACAUAUGGAUGGAAAGUGGGCAAGAUGGCAGAUUUAGAAGAAUUGGCUUGCAACUGGUCGCUGCUACCUUCAGAUGUAGUAGUUCAUGUGUUUUCAUUUUUACCCAUGAAAGAAAGGAACAGCGUGUCGAGGGUGUGCAAAGCUUGGCAUCAAUCUUUUGGGCAUCCAUACCUGUGGCAUAGUUUCGAUUUCUGGUUCCUUUUGCCUUCCCAUGUCCGUUUAUUGGAAGGGCUCAUCAAGUAUGGUCGAUAUAUUAAAUCUGUAUUCAUAGGCGUGAACCAAUUGUCACAAGUGAACCGUGAAAAUGCAUGUGCCCUUAUGGAUCAACUUUCAAAAAUUGGUAAACGAAGGUUGACAAGAAUAGAAAUCGUGUUCACAGGGGAAAAUCCAUUGUUUUACUCUGGACAAGAGUUUCUGGAUGGUCUUUUUAAAUUAUUUUCGCCGGUUUCAGAAUCAAUAGAACCACCAUUAAAUACAUUAUCUCAUGUAGAUCUAUGUGGUAUAACAGUUCCGAUUGAUGACAGAUUGAUUAAUAUUCUUGCCGAUAAUCACAAAGGACUGCAAUACUUUGACAUUCAAAACAAAGUUAUUGUGUGCAAGGUGACUCCUGGAUGCAUUUUGCGGCUUGUAAAAAUAUGCCGCUAUCUUUUAGACCUUAGGCUCUAUCAUUGCAGCAUGUCAGAUUAUAUUCUAGAUGCAUUUACAAAAGAAAACAGAGAAAAAAAUAUUGAGCAUCUGUCGAUAAUGUGCAGAAGGGAGGACAAAUUUGGCACGGACCUUUCUGCAAUGGCAUGGAAGAACUUGGCUUCUGCAAACCCGUCUUUUAGGGUCACGUUAGGGUUUGACCACACAUGUCCAUUCAAUAUCAUCCCGAUAAUUAUGAAACCAGUGAUUCCUGUACGGACUUUGAAGCUUGAGACGUUUGCGGAAUGUCAUGAAGAGGUAACACUGGCAGCUAUGUACUAUAGCUCAACCCUAGUAAAAUUAGUGUUAAGGACAAGAAAUACCAUGGUAUUGGAAGAGGCGUUGAUAAAAGUAGCACAAAGCUGUACCUUAUUGAAGGCUUUGUUAGUGUUUUGCGUUGUUAGCGAGGAAACUAUUGAAGAAAUCUUCUGUUUACACCCAGAUAUGAAAACCCGUGGUACCUUUGUUCUGAAGUCUGUUGUUGAACCUGAGCCUUGGGUGGUUGGAGUGGAGGAAGGGGAUUAAUUGUGCCAUUAUCAACAUAAUUGAAAAACUUUAUUUAACUUGUCAGUUUUAUUUUUGUUUUGGACUUGUGCUAGAUUACAAUUAUUAAAUCUGAAAUACUAA